AUGGAAGUGUUGACGCUGUGGCUUCUCCCCUGGAUAUUUCAGUGCGUUUCGGUGCGGGCGGACUCCAUCAUCCACAUCGGUGCCAUAUUUGAGGAGAAUGCCGCUAAAGACGAUGAAGUUUUUCAACUGGCUGUGUCAGACCUCAGCCUCAACGAUGACAUUUUGCAGAGUGAGAAGAUCACCUACUCCAUCAAGUUCAUAGAGGCCAACAACCCCUUCCAGGCAGUGCAGGAAGCUUGUGACCUGAUGACCCAGGGAAUCCUGGCUUUAGUUACGUCCACAGGCUGUGCAUCUGCCAAUGCCUUGCAGUCGCUCACAGACGCCAUGCACAUCCCACACCUCUUUGUCCAGCGUAACCCUGGGGGCUCCCCCAGGACGGCGUGCCACCUGAACCCCAGCCCAGAAGGGGAGGAGUAUACAUUGGCCUCACGUCCACCUGUUCGCCUCAAUGAUGUCAUGCUUAAGCUGGUCACGGAACUACGGUGGCAGAAAUUCAUUGUGUUCUAUGACAGCGAUUAUGAUAUCCGUGGGCUGCAGAGCUUUCUGGACCAGGCUUCCAGAUUGGGGCUCGAUGUGUCCUUACAAAAGGUGGACAGAAAUAUCAGCCGGGUGUUCACCAGUCUCUUUACCACCAUGAAGACCGAGGAAUUAAAUCGCUACCGGGAUACGCUACGUCGGGCAAUCCUGCUGCUUAGUCCUCAUGGAGCCCAGACAUUCAUCAAUGAGGCAGUGGAAACCAACUUGGCUUCUAAGGACAGUCACUGGGUGUUUGUGAAUGAGGAAAUCAGUGACCCAGAAAUAUUGGAGCUUGUGCACAGUGCAUUAGGAAGAAUGACUGUGGUCCGGCAGAUCUUCCCAUCUGCAAAGGAUAACCAGAAGUGCACAAGGAAUAACCACCGUAUCUCUUCACUUCUCUGUGAUCCACAGGAAGGCUAUCUCCAAAUGUUGCAGGUGUCUAACCUCUACCUGUAUGACAGUGUGUUGAUGCUGGCCAACGCCUUCCACAGAAAGCUGGAAGAUAGGAAGUGGCAUAGCAUGGCGAGCCUGAAUUGUAUGCGGAAGUCCACUAAGCCUUGGAAUGGGGGCCGAUCCAUGCUGGACACCAUCAAGAAGGGCCAUAUCACUGGCCUCACAGGAGUGAUGGAGUUCCGAGAAGACAGCUCCAAUCCCUAUGUCCAGUUUGAAAUUCUCGGAACCACUUACAGCGAGACCUUUGGCAAAGACAUGCGCAAGCAAAUAUUUCAGAACCACGAAUUCCCAGAGCUGGAAGGGAUUUUAGAGAUCAUGGUAUCCAACCUCCUUAUCUUAAAGGUGAAAGAACUGGGACCUAAAAAGGUUGAAACAUUUCAGGACCUGUCCAAACAAAUGGAUAUAUCUUAUGGCACAGUCAGAGACUCAGCUGUAUAUGAAUACUUUAGAGCCAAAGGCACCAACCCCUUGGAACAGGACAGCACAUUUGCUGAACUUUGGAAGACCAUCAGCAAGAACAAUGGAGCUGAUAACUGUGUUUCAAAUCCUUCUGAAGGCAUCAGGAAGGCAAAGAAAGGAAAUUAUGCCUUUUUGUGGGAUGUGGCGGUGGUGGAAUAUGCAGCCCUAACGGAUGAUGAUUGUUCAGUGACCGUCAUUGGCAACAGUAUCAGCAGUAAGGGCUAUGGCAUAGCACUUCAGCAUGGCAGCCCCUACAGGGACAUCUUUUCCCAGAGGAUCCUGGAGCUACAGGAUACUGGUGACUUGGACGUCCUCAAACAGAAAUGGUGGCCACGUAUGGGCCGCUGUGACCUGAAUAGCCACACAAGUGCUCAAACAGAUGGCAAGUCCCUGAAACUACACAGUUUUGCUGGCGUAUUCUGCAUCCUUGCUGUGGGCCUUCUCCUUGCAUGCCUGGUGGCAGCCCUGGAGCUAUGGUGGAACAGCAACCGCUGCCAUCAAGAAACACCGAAAGAGGACAAAGAAGUUAAUUUGGAGCAAGUACAUAGACGUAUGAACAGCUUAAUUGAUGAAGAUAUAGCUCACAAGCAGAUUUCUCCUGCAUCCAUCGAGAUCUCAGCCCUGGAGAUCGGCGGGAUGCCACCUAGUCAGACCUUGGAGCCCGUCCGCGAGUACCAGAACACUCAGCUCUCCGUCACCACGUUCUUGCCCGAACAGAGCAGCCAUGCGGCCAGUCGGACUCUAUCAUCAGGAGCAGGCAGUAAUCUGCCACUGCCUCUCAGCAGCUCAGCAACCAUGCCCUCAAUACAGUGCAAACACAGAUCUCCCAAUGGGGGACUGUUUCGUCAGAGCCCCGUGAAGACCCCCAUCCCCAUGUCAUUCCAGUCUGUGCCUGGGGGCGUCAUUCCAGAGGCUAUGGAAACUUCCCAUGGAACAUCCAUAUGAUUGACACCCACCCACCCUUCUGCCCACCCACCCAACCAGCAGAGCUUUUUAAUACAACUAAAAACAAACAAACAGAAAAAAAAAAACCACAAAAGACUCUUACAUUUUUCUUGUACAUACCUGUAA